AUGCCCAACCCUCCCCCCAAACCCAUCUUCGGUGUUGAAAUCGAGAUCUUCGUCAAGGUUAAACGGGACGUCCAAAGGGAUGUCGAGCGAUACCGAGGAUCCCUACCCCUUCAUUGGCGAGAGUGGGACUUUAAUCUCUCCAACCGCAGUACAGACAAUUACAAGACGGGAAAGCAGCGCAUCUGCGUAAAGACGGCUCUCUCGGCUCUCAUCAAGGAGUCCUUGGGAACAGGGGGUGUCGAGAUCAUCUCUCCGCCCAUGUCGGUGGCCAGGAGAUGGCAAAGUGAGAUCCGCGAGGUAUUUGACGCUAUCGGUGAGCAGUUUGAGCUGUGGACGCACCCCGUCACCUCGUGCCACGUCCACGUCUCGCCCGGGCCCACGUCCAGCACCAAGUACAGGCCGGAUCAGCUCGUCAGGAUUGCAAAGGCCGCCUUCUUCUGGGAGAAGGCCCUCAAGCAGAUCCUGCCGCACGACCGUCGGGAGAAUCACUACGCCAAGCCCAACCACAAGGCCUUCGGGACCUCGAUGUACAGGCAUGUUAAAGACGACAGCUGGAAACCUCUCUUCAAUGCUAUCGAUAAUGAGAUGGACCGGUUCGAAAACCACAGACAGGGCCAGAAGAAGUGCUUCUGCAUCAAGAUCGCCGGCGGGCACUUGAGCGACCCCAACCACAAGUACCGCAAGGAGCGUUAUCUCUCGCAAAACUUCCUCCCGUACACGCGUAUCGGCACGGUCGAGCUCCGCCGGCAAGGUGGUGUGGCCUCGGCGCAGUCAGCCAUCCACCGCGUGCUCCUAGCCGUCACGUUGCACGUCAGCGCGCGCCGCUACGACUUCAGGGGUGCCGCGUCUCGCAAGGACCACCCCACGGCCAAGGAGCUCAUCUCGGAGCUGGCCGGCUGCAUCAAGAACCUGCCGCGCACUUGCCACGGUACCCGCUUCGUCAACUACCUCAACCAGUGCGUCGAGCGCUACGGCGGCAACGAGCUGUCGGAGCGCGCCAUCAAUGCCUACGAGUACAGGCUCCAUGAUAAUUCGGGCUCGUCCACCAUGUCGGCGCCGACCCGGAGACAAACCACUAGUACCCGUGGUGGUGGUGGUGGUGGCGGCGGCCGUGGCGGAGGUGGUGGUGGUGGUGGCCGUGGCGGCGGCGGCGGCGGUCGUGGCGGAGGUGGUGGUGGUGGUGGCCGUGGUGGUGGUGGUGGUGGCCGUGGUGGUGGCGGAGGCGGGAGGGGAGGUCUUAACCGCGUGACCACAACUCGGACCAGCGAUGGCAGAAUUGUCAAUGUUGUCAAUGCCGCUCCCUCCGGCUACCGUUGA